AUGGAAAUUAUACUUGGUAAAAUCUCAGCUCGUUUAACAACAAUUCAAUUAGAAGAGACCUUAGGUUUUGUUAAAAAACUUUGUUUACAAAUAAUGAAAGAUGAAUAUACUCUUGUUUGUUCACCAUAUAUCGAUAAAGCAAAAUGGAUUGAAAAACUUAAAUAUGAUGUACUUAGAUUUAGUUUAGAUUCAGUUGAUCUUAAUCUUAUUGAGGUUGAAAAUGCUGUUAAUAUUCAAAUAGCACCUAUUCGUUUAUAUAGGUGUAGUACACAUACAUCACUAUGUAAUGAAAGUUUAACAUUAAAAGUUGGUACAAUACAUAUUCGCCAAUUAUUACGUCUUUAUACUGGUUCAUGUGAACAAUCAUCAUUUGGUCGUUCAUUAUUUCAUUCUGAUUUACAUGUUUUACAUUCACAUUUUAUAUUUGAACAUGUUAAUCGAUUUCAUGAUGAAUUAGAUGAUGAAGACAUUUUUUAUCCAUUUGAUUUUUGUGGACAACAAAAACAAUCUAAUGAACAACAUCAAAAUAGAAAUGAUAGUCCAAUACGAUUUGUUAUUGAACGAAAUGAACAUAAACGUUCAUCAUCAUCAUCAUCAUCAAUACCAUUAAAUAAUAUAAAUAUUGUUUCAUCAUUAUCACCUCAAACAGUAGGAAGUGAUGAUUAUUUAACACCUAAUGAACAUUUAUCAUUAACAAGUGCAAGUCAAACAAGUUUUAAUUCAACUUUAAAUAAUACAAAUAAUAUUAUGGAGUCAUCGUCAACAUCAUCAUUAACUAUGAUGCAACAACAAUCAUCAACUUUAUCCUCGCCAUUACAUUCAGAUUUAAAUUUAUUUUUAACAUCAAUUGGUAAUAAACAAAAUCUAUCAACAAAUUCAUCACGUUCAUCAUCAAUCGAUUCAUUAAUAGCUCUACAAAAGAAUACUUCAAAGACAACACGCAAGAAAUAG